AUGUCAGCUCAGGACUACUACAAUUCGUAUCAGGGCGGUGGUGGUGGCGGCGGUCAGCAGCAACAGCAGCAGCAACAGGGCUACGGGUAUAGCAACUCUGGCCAGCAGACGUACGACGGUCAGCAGCAGGGUCAGGGGUAUCAUCCCCCUCCUCCUCCUCCGCAGCAGCAGCAGCAGCAGUAUUACCCCCCGCCUGGGCAGCCACACCCGCAAGGGCAGUAUGGACAGCAGCAGUAUGGCCAACACCAGGGACAGCAUGGUCAACACCAGCAGCCCCCGCCCUACCACCAAAACCAAGACCCGGUAGCCCACCAAGAGCAGCAGCAGCAAGGAGGUAAAGAUCGCGCCGGGCUUGGAAGUGCUCUGCUCGGCGCGGCAGCCGGUGCUUUGCUUGGGCACUCGGCCGGAGGGGGAGGCAGCGGAGGCGGAUCACUGGCUACGGCCGCGGCCGGGGUUCUUGGAGGGGCGUUUGCGGGGAAUAAGCUGGAGGGGGUGAUUGGGGAUAAACUUGACAAGCCGAAGAAGGAGAAGAAGGACAAGCACAAGGAGGGGAAGAAGGAGAAGGACAAGCACAAGGAGGGGAAGAAGGAGAAGGAUAAGGAGGGGAAGAAGGAGAAGAAGGAGAAGAAGCACAAGAAGGAGAAGAAGAGUAGGAAGGGGAGUGGGUCUGAUUCGGACUCGUCGGAUAGCUCUGAUUCUGACUGAGGGGAUUGGGAAUGGGGGUGUUGAUAUCUUGUCCCUAUUGAAAACCUAGCAUGCGUUUCCUGCACAGUUAUCGGAAGUAUCAUGUUGCCACAAUCAUCAGCUCCAUGUUGGCGGUC